CCUGCAGAGACUGACAGCAACAAAAACCUCUGAGCCACAGCAAUUUACUUCCAGUUAGUUAGUGAGGUUUUAAAAUUCCUUUUAAAAUGCAUUAACAUUUAUCUUAGGAACAAAGUCUGAAUUGAACUGAGCCUUGAAAAUAUUCUCUUCUCCUUUCCCAUUACACUUGCACUGGAAGAAGUUAAUAUCAGGUACGGGACGAGUCAGCCUCAGGGAAAGUCUAUUGCAGUCAGCACUGGAUGUUUUAGCAGAAAAGAAAACCCCAUGACCCCACAGUAUUUUUCCUUCUCUCCCAUUGCAGUGCCUCCAAGUUGGGCUGCACAGUUUGACCAAAGCAGGAUAAAAGCAAUUAGGGCUUAGCGCAAACAAAAACAAUGAUCCCAGAAAGCCAGGAUUGUAGAAGUGUGAAUUGAGAGCUGAAUUUUGCUGCUCAGACUUGCUUCUGAUCCCUUUCAUGAGCAAUCAGGGCUGGAAUCCAGUUGCAACAAAACCCUUUCAACCAGCCCAGCCCUGCACUUCUUUCCUUCUUUCUCUCGAGAACCACAACGUGCACAGAUGGGGCAACAGAAAACAAAAGUCAUCAAGAACAUGACAGCUGCUUUCAUUCUUUCGUUGGGAGUUAUGCCUGCUCACAAAGCCACCUGCCUGCCCUGCACUGAAGCUUUGCUUCAAUGCCCCUGCAGCUCCGCGUGCGAUUUGCUAAAAGAUCUGCCCUCCAAGAAACGUUUUAAAGUCUGUCAUAGCUGUUACUCAUAAAGACAUCUUCUCAAAGCAUUUAUCCUUCUAUCAGGACUUGGAAAUAUUUUCAUAAUCACAGGUAAUCACAGAAAUAAAACAAUAAACGUUACUUAUGUUUCACUGCCUAAGUGUAACUAAUGCCUCUGCCGAGUUCUAUUACAACUAUAGCUUGUGUGUUUUCCCUUCAGAUUAAGGAUAUAGAAUUGCUCAACUGUGAAUAUGGCAAGAACACAAUCAAGUUCCUUCGCCUUCAUAGAGAUGGAAAGAAGCACUUCGUUAAAGAAGUGGAAGUGUGCACACAUCUCCGGCUGACUUCUGCUCAUGAGUAUUUGGAUGGAAACAACUCUUUUGUGAUACCUACAGACACCAUUAAGAAUAUUGUCCUGGUGUUGGCCAAACAAAAAGGGAUCUCAAGUAUAGAACAAUUUGCUAUUGAUAUCUGCAAACACUUCAUGACAACAUUUUGCCAAGUGGCGUACGUCAAAACCUACAUUCAGGAAGUGCCAUGGCAACGUCAAUACCAGAACGGCGUUCCCCACAUCCACUCAUUCAUACUUGUUCCUGAUGGGAUUCGCUUUUGUGAAGCUGAGCAGUGCCGGAAUGGUCCUCUGGUUGUUUUUGCUGGAAUUAAAGAUUUGAAACUUAUGAAGACAACACAGUCUGGAUUUGAAGGCUUCUAUAGAAAUGAACACACCACACUUCCUGAAAGGAAGGACAGGAUUUUAUGUGGAGAGCUCUUCUGCAAGUGGUCAUACGGCGAAUGCAGAGAUCUUGACUUUGACUGCAUGUGGGCCAAAGUCCGGGAAUGCAUCCUUGAGGCCUUUUCAGGGCCACCUAACUGUGGGGAAUAUUCACCCUCUUACCAGAAGACCAUCAACUGCAUCCAGAUGUGUGUCCUUUCCCGAGUGUCACAGGUACAGAUCAUAGAAGUCAUCCUGAACAACACUUUUUAUAAUGUGGUAGACAUGAAGGCACUAGGCUGUACCAAUGACAAAGAAGUUCUGGUUCCAGUAGAAACUCCCUAUGGUUCCUGUGCUUGCACGGUUGGCAGAAAGAAGUACUUAGAAGCACAAAGCCACAUGAUGAAAGAUGAGAAGCAAAGUCAGUUUGGACUGGUAGCUACUCAGGGAAAGUAAACCUCUUGGCUUCCUGUGUACAUUCCUGAUAAACUUGCAGUAUGGCUUUCCUAUAUACUUACUACUGGCCUCUUUCAUGCUGACUACUUUCCACUCAGUGAACUCCUAGAUUGGGAUUUCUAAAUCCUCAGAAAUUCAGAUAACAAAGUAUCUCCCUGGAACUCAGUGUGAUUUGCAGACUGAAAUCCCAGCUGGAAACAUUAUACUCAAUUUUUAAAUCAGCUAUUCCCAGAUUUAAUGAAUUUUAUAAUCUUUAACAUGUUUUUGACACACAAAAUAAGCCAUUUUGUAUAUUGUCUAUUCAUAUUCCUUCAGUAAAAUGAAUAUACAGACACAAUACCAGAUGUCUCACUUAUGUAACCUGUGCCAACCCCUUGAUGCCACAAUGACCUAGAGAGUUGAAGUUCUGAUCCGACAACCGAGUGGGGAAUCAGUCAGACACUGAUUUCUUUGUGAAGGAAAUAAUAAAAAAAUAAAAAUCUAACAUAUCUUCUGUAUAGCAUGUCUAGUUACAGCUGUUUACUAAUUUCUCUGCAUACGUUUUGGUUGCAUGGCUGCUGCUGCUAUUCAUGAGAAUAUACAGUUACUUUAUAAUUACUUUUAUAUUAAUCAUUGAGGUGUUUGAGGAUUUGGGCUAUCUCUGUAAUUUUAAUUAAAUAGGUUUCUUUGGUCUAAUAAUCUCACCAUGACUUCUGAGCAGGCACAAAUCAACCUAAGUAACCCUAUUAUUCUUAGGAAGAGGCAGAAAUACAGGAUGCAUUGAGAUAAAACUGCAGAACCAGCAAUUCUCAUCUCAGAAAUGGCAGCUACCACAUUUGCAAUAGAAAUCCUGCUCAACUUCUAAUAGCUUCUAACCACUGCUUUCAUUUUCUCCAAGUUUCACUGUCACAGAAUUCCAUGUGACAGAGACAGCAAAUCCAAUUGGAAGUGCCCUAAGUUAUGUCUGAAAACUGCAAAUUGGUUGCCUUCGUGCCUCCUCAGCAUUUCUCGGAGUACAGAGGGUCAGAAAUACUGAAAAUGAAGAACAUGUCCUGCACCAUACUCCAUGACAGGAACUUGCCUUGAUGAACAAGAUUAACAGUUGUAAAGGGAAGGCGCUGUUCACAAUUCUGAGACAGCACCUCAGAAACAACAGAACAAAUGAUACCACAGAUCUGCUGUUCUUUGGUCACUUGUUGAUUCUGAAAGCUUCAUUAGUGACACUGGUUUUUUUUGCUGGGGUUUUGCUGGGGAUGUGUAUUCUUACCUUGUUUGACUUGAUUUGUAUUGUACUUGUGGGCUUGGGCUUAUAUCUUGCUACUUCUUCUAUGUUAGGUGCUUAUAAUUUAUUAAUUUAUCUUUCAAAAGCAAAUAAAGAGCAAUAUAAAAAACCAAACAAAUCAGAAUUUGACUCUUCAUAAGAAAUAAAACAAUUUCCUACUUGCAUAUACAUAUAAACUCUGUAUGGAAUGAUAUUUUAGUUCAGACAAUUUUACUUCAAAAAGUGAUCAGCAUUGCUUCAAAUGACAGUUCACUACCAAUUGAUAAAAACAAAAGGAAAAAAAGGUUCAUACUGCACAUCUCAAUCUUUACCCCUUUCUAAGCAAAGCAGAUUAUUUAUUCUGCUCUUCACAACCAACUUUCCUUCUACCUGAUAAGAAAUGAGUUGCACUGAGUGGAAGGUUGUUUGUCAUUGCUAUUAGUGCUUCAUCUGUGGGCUUACAAAGUAAUAAUGGAUUAACCUUCAUGGCAGAACAAGGAUGCAAAGAAGCAACUAGUUGUUGAUUUAAAUUAUUCUCUGGCUAAAAGCACAUACACACUCUUGUAAUGUGGUUUCUAUAGACCUCCGCACACACGGACCCACAGCAGUCCUUACAGACAUCUCAGCACAGCCCCAUCCAGCAGUGCAAAACCUGAGUCAUGCAUAUGGACAUAUUCCUUCCAAUGUAAGUAUUUAGACAAUAGGAAGAAGCCCAAAUCUUCUACACGAAAACUAGAAUCAGAUCACAACGGGAUAAGUCAUACCUGAAAAUGGGACUUAGCCACAUUAUUUGGGCCCAAUCCCUGAUCAAA